CGCUGCGGAGUUCAGAGGGCCCUGCGGUGCGAGACGUCCCGCGCGGCGGCUGAGAUGUCGUCCUCUGCGGCUUUUUACCUGCUCUCCACCGUGGGGGGGUACUUGGUGACCUCCUUCUUGUUGCUCAAAUACCCGACUUUGCUGCAUCAGAGAAAGAAGCAGCGAUUCCUCAGUAAACACAUCUCUCACCGCGGAGGUGCUGGAGAAAAUUUGGAGAAUACAAUGGCGGCGUUUCAGCAUGCAGUUACACUCGGAACUGAUAUGCUAGAAUUGGACUGCCAUAUCACAAAAGAUGAGCAAGUUGUUGUGUCUCAUGAUGAGAAUCUAAAGAGAUCAACUGGGGUCAAUGUCAACAUCUCGGAUCUCAAGUACUGUGAACUCCCACCUUACCUUGGCAAACUGGAUGUCACAUUUCAAAGAGCAUGCCAGUGUGAAGGAAAAGAUAACCGAAUUCCAUUACUAAAGGAAGUUUUUGAGGCCUUUCCUAACACUCCCAUUAACAUCGAUAUCAAAGUCAACAACAAUGUGCUGAUUAAGAAGGUUUCAGAGUUGGUGAAGCAGUACAGACGAGAACACAUAACAGUGUGGGGUAAUGCCAGUUAUGAAAUUGUAGGAAAGUGCUACAAAGAGAAUUCAGAUAUUCCCAUACUCUUCAGUCUGCAGCGUGUUCUGCUCAUUCUCGGCCUGUUCUUCACUGGCCUCUUGCCCUUUGUGCCCAUUCGAGAACAGUUUUUUGAAAUCCCAAUGCCUUCUAUCAUAUUGAAGUUAAAAGAACCACACACAGUGUCCAGAAGUCAGAAGUUUCUCAUCUGGCUUUCUGACAUUUUACUAAUGAGAAAAGCUUUGUUUGACCACCUCACUGCCCGAGGCAUUCAGGUGUACAUUUGGGUAUUAAAUGAAGAACAAGAAUACAAGAGAGCCUUUGAUUUGGGAGCAACUGGGGUGAUGACAGACUACCCGACAAAGCUUAAGAACUUUUUACAUAAUUUCUCCGCGUAGAGAAGGAAGUGCUCAGAAGCAUUCAAAGAAAACAUGAAAAGACCUAAGAAAAUAAAAUGUCAUCAUCAUUUUCCUAAGCCAUUUCCAGAAUGGUAAAAGGUUUAAUCAGUUAAGUUUUUAUUACCUCAUUUUUAAGCUGUCCGAGAAUGUAGAAACUAUAUAUUGUAUAUAUUUAUUUUAAACAGCAUUGCAUACUUUGCAUUUGUAAAUAGUUUGUUUAGAAAGAUUAUUGAUCAAGAUUUCUGUAUCUGAUUCUAUUAUUGUAAGUAAUUCUGAAAUCAAAGACUAUUGGAUAAUUUGGUAAUUUCACUGGAAUAAGCUAGUUAGUAAAACUAGCUAUUUUGAGUUGUCUCAUUAUUUCUAGGCACAUCUUAGUUUAUGGGGGGAAAUGCAGUGGAAGGAGAGCUUGGAAAUCGUUGACGUGGUUGUCUGACAAGUUGAACAUGUUAACAGGAGGCAGACUCAAAGAAUAAACUGGAAGUUUAUUACCUGAUCAGGAAUAAAAUUCGUAGCCUGAGUAAGAUUUCUUAGUUGCUGUUGUCAGCGGGGGCAUUCUACUUGGGGUCCUCUUCAGGCAUGUGACAAUGCCGCCACGUCUUCUUUUUGCGUUUUGUCUUUUUGUAAACAUUAAAAUUGGACUUAUCAAUUGCAAAUUAAGAUGCGAUCCAAAUAGUCAUAUUUUUAUGUUUCCUGUAAAGAAAUGUAAAUUUUCCAUUUUGGGCAAUGACUGGGUGUUUGGGCCUACAUCUAGAUUUUAAAUAACGUUUUGAAUCCUAAUAAUCAUAUGAAACUGAUGAAAGUACAUAUCGUUGUUGUUAGUACUUAAGAAUAUAAACUACCUGUUUCUGAUCUUUAAGAAUUUAUUCUUUUGAGUAUUAAUUGGGAAUAGAAUUUCCCAAAGCAUUAGCCAUCACUUUCUCAGCUUUUUUGAUGUGACCUCAUGUAAAUCUGUUUCUAAUUUUUUUGACUAAUUUUCAUGAUCUCUCUGGGAGGUAACUAUAAUCUGGAUUAAUAAGUGUCUUUUACCUAGAUUCCAUCUCUCAUUUGGAGUUUGCCAGUUUACAGCUAUGAAGGAUGACCAGACUCCCACUUACCCUGAUGAUACAAGUAACAUUUGCCUUUUUUGUUUACAAUGAAAUAAAGUUUUCCAAGAACAAAA